GAAUGUUUUAUUGUGAAGUUCUAAAACCGGGAAUCAUUCUGGGUGUUCCUGAUUGGAAGAAGCAAACAUGUCUCCUCGUGUUUGAUAGAGUUGUUGGCAAAUCGACCACAAUUCACCUCAAAGAUUGUUUUCCGCCUUGACAAGUCGUCCUCAGACGAGCCUUCUAUCGUUGUCUCCAGUCAUCCCGGUUCUCCAUACAUCUGGCCAGCUCGUUGGUGCUUUGUGCUCCCGCAUCAUUCUUGAGCACAUUUGGUAUUUGCAGAGAAGCAUCGGAUUGGUAUCGCCUAUACUAGUCUGACUUUUACUCGGCAUCAGAUCGGAAAAAAAACAGUGGUAUCGCACAUUACUACUGACUGAUACAAGGACACUCACAGACAUGUCCUCCCCGGAAGACUGUCCUCCCGAGCAGGCCCUCCCUGGGAGUGAGCCUUCGAAUGAAUCCACUGUCACCGUCACCAUUGGCGCUACUGUGCCCACAGGCUUCGAACACACUGCUGCAGAGGAGAUCUACGAGAAGAUUGGGGUAGAAGCCCGCAUUAGCAAAGGCCGCGGUCGUAUUUACUUUCCUGUGGCUACUGACAACCUUUCUCAGGUUCAUCUCCUGAGGUCUGUAGACAACCUGUUUGUGGUGGUAGAGGAAUUUGACAAUUACCAAUUCAAAGAAUCAAAGGAGGAUACUUUAAUGGAGUUGCAACAGCUUGCUUCUAAACUCCCAUGGACCAUCCCCUUGGAGGUGUGGAAACUGAACAGCACUUUCAAAAAGAGGAAAGGCCACCGUAAAGCUGCGACCGGCACCAAAGUCAAACCAAGCAACGACAAUGGCCAUAUAACCGUGGCUGAAGCCAAGCAGCAGGAACAAGCCCAGACGCCACCUGUAGCUGACAAGCUAAACAAGGCAGAGGAGAUGCCAGACGCUGAGACCACAGCACAGGCGGACCCUGAGGAAGCGGCAGAAGCGACACUCGACCCUAAAAUAACGAAGUUUCGUGUGACGUGCAAUCGCGCUGGUGACAAACACAGCUUUUCUUCCAACGAGGCAGCGAGAGACUUUGGUGGAGCUGUGCAGGAGUUUUUCCAGUGGAAAGCAGAUAUGACCAAGUUUGAUGUUGAGGUCUUACUAAAUAUACAUGAUGUUGAGAUAGUUGUCGGCAUCGCGCUCACUGAAGAGAGUCUUCACAGAAGGAACAUCAGUCACUUUGGACCCACUACAUUGAGGUCCACCUUGUGCUAUGGUAUGCUCAGGCUGUGUAAACCUCAGGUGUCAGACAUUAUACUUGAUCCAAUGUGUGGAACUGGAGCCAUACCUUUGGAGGGGGCAUUGGAGUUUCCUGCUUCAUUUUACAUUGCAGGAGACAACAACGACAUGGCGGUGAACCGCACAGUCAACAAUGUGUGUCACAUCCAGAAAAGGAAGGCUGAAAAGGGCAGUUCACCCGGACUGCCCAUUGACACCGUACGCUGGGAUUUGUGCAGUUUACCCAUGAAGUCCAGCUCUGUUGACAUCAUUAUCACCGACAUGCCCUUUGGGAAAAGGAUGGGCUCCAGGAAGAAGAACUGGGACCUUUACCCCUCCUGCUUGAGAGAAAUGGCCCGUGUGUGCAGGCCAGGCUCAGGAAAGGCUGUCCUGUUGACGCAGGACAAAAAAUGCUUUUCCAAGGCCCUGUCAAGGAUGGGAGGACUGUGGAAGAAGCAGCACACUGUUUGGGUCAAUGUCGGGGGUUUACAUGCUGGAGUGUUUCUGUUGCGACGGACCAGCGGUGUGUUUGGUCAAACUCCUGAAGAUGUCUAUGAAUCACCAGAGACUGCACGCACACAAGGAGACCACUAUGACGCAAAGCCCUGUUAGGUUGCAGCUUUACCCUAAUGCCAUGUGUUUUGGAUCAACAUAAUUUAUAUUUUAUGAGCUGUUUUAUCUUCUUUUUUUUAAAAUUUAGUUCUCAACUCAAGAGGCCAAACAAAAGUUGACUCAAUUUACGUUACCUUCAUGUUCAGCAAUCAAAUGUACACUUGCACAACCUAAUAACAUCCAAUAUCGUCAAAGAAUAGUCAUGUGAAAAAAAAAUAAGACACCUCAGUGACAUUUCAACAAUUCUGUAUUGUCAUGUUUUCCAUACAUGCAAGACAUGCAGAAGAAUUGAGAUGCCGUUUCUCUCUCACCCUGUACUCGAGCACAUUUUCAAGCUUGGGGAGAGCGUGGCCGCUGUGUCCACACUUGCCGCAAAACAGUUUGUCAUUACAAAAACCAGAAAAGGUAAAAUGGUAUCUUUGCAAAACAAAACUACCUGCAAUUCAAGUCCAAAAUAGGGAAAGCUAGUAUUGACUGAUUUUGUACUUCACUGAAGUCCCCAAGACUGACGAGAGCCCAUAAUCGUGAGUUACCGAUCCCUGGUCCUCUCCUGGCUGUGCUUUGAACCCUCAGUGUCUCCAGCUACCAGAGCCUCGCCAGGGCAAAGGAUUUGUGACUCUCCCUAUGGGUUGUGGUCUGAAUGCUUUGAUACGCGUGCCUGUAGGCAUGUGGUACACAGAUUCUCGAAAUUGGAUAGUCCUUAGACAAAUUGUCAAUGACUUAUGGACAAGUAGUUGCUUGAUUGCGGCCAUGUUUUUUUUCAUUCAGAUAAACACCCUGAAGUUACAGUGGCCGUGUUGAGCACAUUGGUUUGUGUGAGAAGUUCCACUCAGUACAACUGAUGGGUUAAAACUGGCCCAGGCAACUUAGUAAGGCUGCAUGUUUUGGCAAAUGCAGCGGUUUAGGUGUAUUGUGUUUUAUACCGUGUGGUGUUGUAAUUUUGUUUCACAUGACAUGACACAUGAUAAGAGGAACAUCAACAAAUAGGGUAAUUAUUCACCUCUGCAAACCAUGACAAAAAUGAGCUGAUUAAUAAAUUGAUAGCUCUUGGACAGUGUCAUCCAUAACAACUUGAAUUUGAGACUGUUAUCUGGGACCUGUUUAGGUUGUGCAAGUGUACCUAAAGAAGUGGCCUAUCUACUCUUGGGUCACUCAAUUAAGGGCACUUGAGGAAACACACAG